AUGUGCAACCCGAACUUCAACGACAUCUCCCUCCAACACCGUGGUCGGGUGUUGACAGCGUUCAGAAACUCUCUCGACCGAGACAACAGCCUCACAGGCGAAAUGCGCCUCGCCAUCGCAAUGGUUAUGUGUGCAUUGGAAACCAUCUCAGAUGGAACGAGCAUUGGCUGGACAUGUCACGUCGCCGGUGCCGCAGCAUGUCUCGACUCAAUACGCUCUUCAAGAAACUUGAGCUUUGAAGCGAAAUGGCUACUUCGCUUCUUCGCAUACCACGAUAGCUUGACGAGCAUAUCACUUAAUCGAAAGCCAUUGUUAACUGGCGAUUAUUGGAUGUCUAGCGACGACGCUUUGGCAGACCCAUAUUGCGCUUAUGCGCCGAGGAUCAUCUUCUACUUAUCCGAGAUAAGUGUUCUCGGCACAACUGAGUCUGAUGACGAGGUGCUACAAAAGGCCUACGAUAUUGCGAAUGGUCUUACGGAGUGGAGGUGCAAAGCUGGUAUCACGAGCGAUGAGCCUCUCGCGUUGUUGAGCGAAACGUACCGCAGCGCGGCAUUUAUAUACCUUGAUUCAGUUCUGACGAAACGUUUUCCGCGGCAAAUUGUUACAGACAUAAUACCUGUAGGGACUUCGACACACAUUGAGGCUAUUUCGACGUUGUCGGACAGAAUACCUCAGGGCGCAUUCGCCGAAUGCUCUUUACUCUUUCCUCUCUUUGUCGCUGGCAGCAGAGCCGAGAAUGCAAGGCAAGCUAGCGUAAUCCGGAACAGAUUGGUAGCAAUGAAUAAGUGGAGGAAGUUUAAGAAUGUCGAUGCAUGUAUUGACGUUCUUGAUGAGAUUUGGGAGGUCAAUGGACCAAGAACAGUCGCAUGGCAAGACGUCUCCAAGCAUCGUGGAUGGAACCUAGCUCUGUUUUGA